GAUUUACAGGAGGAAAAUGAUUGGCAGGAAGAUGAGGAAGAUGUGUAGAUGGAAAGAGACAGAAAUUACCAGUUUUUUGACAACAUAUACGAAACGAACGAAAAAUCUGCCCCGAUCUACGGUCCACAUGAUUCUGGGUCUGUUGCGAAGAAAGCUGAAGCUCUGCCUUCCUGCUGACGCUCGAACCCUCUUAAAAACGUCCACCAAGGUCGGGAUGGAAAUCCAACCAAUCUUGGGUGGGCAGUUUUGGUAUCAGGGAAUAGAGACCGUGAUAAGAGAACAUUUUGAGGAGAUUAUCCCGCAUGUUGAUCUUUUUUAUUUGCAGGUUUUCAUCGAUGGAUUACCCCUUUACAAGAGUUCGGCAAGGCAGUUAUGGCCGAUUCUAUUUAAGGUAGAGGAACUACCAGAUGCACCGGUGAUGCUUGACGGUGUAUUUUGUGGAUUCACAAAACCGGAUCACGUGGAAGGAUUUUUGCGGCCUCUCGUUGAAGAAGUAAACAAGCUUCAAUCAAGCGGCUUGCGGUUCGGAGACAAGACGGUGGGCGUCAAACUUCACAUGUUUAUCGCUGAUUUACCCGCCCGCUGCUUUGCCAAAGCCCCAGUUACAGAACCCUAUCCACAAACCAUGCAUCCCUCCGUAAGUGAUAUCGUCUCACAGAAUCUCACUCCACCGGAAGAAACUCCGAACGAAAAGAAAGCAAGGCUCCAAAGGAAGCGACAGGCGUUGUACAGGGCCAAGAAGCGCCUCCCGAGUGCAGCUCCUACGCUGGCAGCUGUACAGGACGACCAACAGGCUGUACCUUCAACUUUGGCCGGGUCAUCCUUAUCAGCAGCUUCUGCAAUCCUGCAACAACAACAACGAAGGAAUACGGACGACGAAUUGCUCAAUGAAAUCGCUGGACGAUAA